UUUGUAGCAAUCAUUUUAUUUCUGGUAAGUAGAUGAUGUGAAAUACUUUGGUAAGAUUUUUAAUCUCUUCUCGGGAAUCAGUCCUCACUUCCACAAGGAAUAAAAUUGUUGACCGAACCAAAUGAUAGCAAAUCACCUCGCGCACAUGUUCGCACGUAUGGUCUGUCAUCUUUGAAGUUGCGUGAAUUAUCAAGAGAUAACCAAGUUAUUUCUUACGAAUUGUCCGACAAAAUGACCUAAAUUAAUGAUUUUUAUCAUUACAUAGAAAUUUUGUCAAAGAAAUAGGACAUUAAUGAAUGUUUACUUGUAGGAGAACGUGCUGAGCUCCUGGACACCACCAACCAUUACUGGGCACCUACCAUAAAUCUUGGUCACGACAAAAUUAAAAAUUUUUCCCUGGCAGUUGAUCAAAAUGCUCGUGCUCAAAAGAGGAAUGAAAUCAAACGGAAAUAUGAUGAGUUAACUUCCUCUAGUACUACCCAAGACAGCACUGUGGAGGAGGUUAUACAAAGUUGCGAGUUUGUCGAGACUGAAACACCUUCACGCACAAGCAAUUUCACUUCAGGGUUAUGUCCCAUUGAGGAUGGCACUUCAGGGUCAUGUCCCAUUGAUUAUGGCACUUCAGGUUCAUGUCCAAUUGAUGAUGCCAUUAACCUUGCUGACAGCAGUGAUUGUAAUGAUAAUGAUAAACAUGACCAAUUUUGCCAGACUGAAAAAAAGGUUUUGUCAGAGGGAUGCUACCAGACUGACCUUGAUAUGGCCCAACUGGAGAGACAGCAGAUCUACUUGCAACACAUCACUGAUGAGCUAAGCAGUACAAAGGGGCAACUACUUUCUCUUCAGUUAACAAUGGAAAGCUUUACAAAUAAUGAUGAAAAAACCAAGUUUUAUACAUUUUCCCUUUCAAUGCAUGUUUUUAAUAUUAUUGCUCCUUGCAUAAAAAUAACCACCCAAAAUGCACUAGGCCAGUUUCAAGAGUUUCUCUUAGUUUUAAUUAGACUUAAACUCAAUUCUCCAUUGCAGGAUUUAGCUUUUCGUUCCAAUAUAUCUGUGCCAACCACAUCAAGAAUUUUUGACAGGUGGACACAUGUAAUGUCUAUCACACUAAAGUUUUUAAUCCAGUGGCCAAAUCAUGAUGAACUGCAAGCCACCAUGCCUGCAGUUUUCCAACACAAUUUUGGCAAGAGAGUUGCAGUCAUCAUUGACUGCUUUGAGAUCUUUAUGAAGAGACCAUCUAGCCUAAAUGCUAGGGCAAUGACCUGGUCUAAUUAUAAACAUCACAAUACUAUAAAGUUUCUUAUUGGUGUAACACCACAAGGUGUUAUCUCAUUCAUUUCAAAGGCAUGGGGAGGGAGAGUGAGUGACAAAUAUCUCACAGAAAAGUCUGGUUUGUUGAGAAAGCUUUUACCUUGGGACAUAGUGCUUGCUGACAGGGGCUUUGAUAUUGCUGACUCUGUUGGUCUUUAUCAAGCUCACCUUCAUAUACCAGCAUUUACUAGAGGUAAGAAACAGUUGUCUGCAGAGGAAGUGGAGCAAACCAGAAAAAUUGCUAAUGUCCGAAUCCACGUGGAAAGGGUGAUUGGUCUUGUCCACAGAAAGUACACUAUAUUGCAAGAAAUACUCCCUAUUCAGCUGGUGACAGUUCGGCAAGGUGAUGACUUGGCUCCAAUAGACAAAAUUGCGGCAACUUGCUGUGCGCUUACUAAUAUAUCAGAGUGUCUUUUGCUGCCCAGUUAUCCACGAGGUCUGGAGUACCAGAUAAUUCACAAUGUCGGGAUAUUCCACGCUAGGAUAAUCCACUAAAUCCUCGCUACACUCCGAUUUUUUUAACGUGUAUGGAUCAAAUCCACAGGUAAGAACUUUUACUU